GGUAUUCUUCUUGCCACAUACACUCACACACGCAAGCAUAAUAUAUUAUUUGUGUUAAAAGUUAUUGCAAAAAAAGCGAGCAGUGUAGCAACGUAUUUAUUAUUUAUGUGUGUCGUUGCCACACAACUAACGCAAGCAGCAAACAGCAACUUGCGAAUGCAAAGAUUGCGCGCAACAAUUGACGCACUACACAAUCGCAUGAAAUUCUAAUGGGACUCUCAGCGUCAGUGCGAACGAGAGCGUGAGCAGAGCAGAGAGUGAGUGAGUGAGAAAGAGGGAGGAGAAGAGCAAAAAAAACGCGCUGGCAUUGGCACGGGGCUGUUCCCGUUGUGUUGCGGGAUAUGACGACACGGACACGUCAGGAUGAGCGGAGCGGCAUCGUCGACGUCGAUGAGGCAAUUGCCGCCACAUAUCAUCAGCUGCCGCCGCACAGUGCCGAGUUGGCGAACUUUCUGGCACAUCAACAACAACAGCAGCAGCAGCAACAACAACAACACUUGCUGCAUCAGCAACAGCAGCAGCAACAACAGCCUGGACAGGGGCCGUUGAUGUGGCCACCACCGCCACCCCCGCAUUUAGGUGUUCAAUAUCCGCCCCAUCAUCCACACCCACCACCACCACCGCAGCAUCAUCAUCAGCAUCCCCAACAACAUCCCCAGCAACAUCAGCAGCCACAACAACAUCCUCAACAACAACCACCGCAAUCUGCGCACGUCUAUAACGAAUAUUUGUACAACUUGGCUUACCCAGGAGCAGCUCCUGGCCAACCCGAGACCUACUCUGUGCUCCCCGUGGGCCAUGGAAACUUUUUGAAGGUUUAUCACUGCUCCGAGAAUGCUGUGAACGAUGUCUACGCUCAGCAAGCAGCGGCUGCUGCGGCCAAUUUCUCGCAUAUCAACAUGGCAACACUAAACCAGCAUCAGCAGCAACAACAACAGCAGCAGCAGCAUCCACAUCAUCAGCAACAACAGCAGCAGGCAGCUGCUCCGCAGGCACAGGGACAACAACAGCCUCCGGUGCAAGUUCAGGCGGCAGCUGCUCAACAGACGCCUCUCUAUGAGCUGUUUGCCACCAAUCCGCUGUUGCCGCAACCUGAAAUGAACAUUGCCACGCAACAGCAGCAACAACAACAACCACAGCAGCAGCAGCAACCACAACAGCAGCCAGCACCUCAGCAAUUCCAUCAGUUCGAUGAGGCUGCUGUCAUCUCUUCAAACAUUGCAGCCAGCAACAGCGCCAACAUGUUCAUCAACAACCUGGUCAACAAUUGGUCGCCAAAUCUCACAGGCGCCAGUUACAUUCAGUUUGGUGGCGAGCUGCCAACGGAGCAAGUCAACAAUAGCUACAAAGAAUCCACGCCUGCCACUCCAUUGGCAGCGCCAGUUGCAACAGCUGUUCCACCAGCUUUGACGCCACCACAGCAAUGCUCACCGGUCAAGUUGCAACAACAACAACCGCAGCAGCAGCAGCCGCCAGUUGUGCUGCCGACCAAGAGCGUGGAAGUGCCGCCCAAGCCAGCAGUGGAAGUGGUCAAUACAAUAACCCCAACACUUAACACAGCCGCAGCACCAGCAGCAGCAACAAUUGCAACAACUCCAACAGCAACCGCAGCCGUUGCAGCCACUGCCAUUAAGAAGGCGCCCAUUGUGGUGCCGGGAAUAAUGUCCGAGGGCAAGAAGCGCAUUGUGGCCGAGGUGAAGCCGAUGCCCAUGUCCUACUCCGAUGUGCUCAGCAAGGGCAGCAGCUUGCGCAGCAGCUCGGCGACAAUACACGCCAACAGCAACCUCGGCGAAUCGCGUUCUGUGAACAACUUGGAGAAUGGACAUGCGCCGCAGCGUCGUCAGGGCAAGGACGAAGGCAAUGGCAAUCGGGAGCAGCGCAACAAUGCGAAGCGUUCGCCAUUGCAUGAGCUCAAGGAUGUGCCCGGGAAUACAACAGGACAUCGCGGCAAGAAGCGACAACAGCAAGCAGCAGUGCAAAAGCAACAGCAAGUGCCACUGUUGCAACAGCAGCAGCAACAACAGCAGCAGCCAGCAACACAGACCACGCUGAGAUCAAGUAAACCAUUGCAGGAAAAGAAGCGUCCAGUGCAGCUGAAACUCAACAAUAGCAGCAACAACAACAGCAGCAGCAAUCUGAAUGGUUACGCCAAGGCGAGCAGCGAUAGCAAGGCCAACAACAACAGCAGCAGCAAUGGCAACGGCAACAGCAGCAGCAGCAAUGCUUCGAACAGCAGCAACAGCCAAAACUACGCAUCUCGUAAGUCCAACAGCAAUCGGAGCAACAGCGGCAACAAUAGCAACGCCAACUACUCGAAUGGCAAUUCAAGCAACUCGACGGGUGGCAACAACAACAGCGGCAGCAACAACCACCAUAACAGCAGCAGCAGCAACAACAAUGUCAACUCGUCGUCCUCGAAGCGUUACGCGACUUCAUCGAAUUCGAAUCUAGGCUCCAGCUCCGGCUCCUAUUCGUACUCCUCGAAGCGCAAUCGCAGCGGUGGCUACGCCUCAUCCAAUUCGCCAUCGCAUGCGAGCAGCUCGAAUCGCAACUAUGAGCUGGCAAAGCGGAUACUGCACACCUGGUGGAUCUACACGCUCAAGUUGCUCACCUGGCUCUUCUAUCUGGUCUACGAUAUUGUCGUCCUCGGCUGCAGCAUGGCCUACGAGCGUCUGACCACAGCGUAUGUGGCUGGCGUGGCGUAUGCUCGUCAGCUGCACAAGGAACUGAAGCAGAACUCGGGCAAGCCGAGCAUUUGGUGGCGCAACUAUUGGCGUCGCUUCGAUGCUCGUUUCAAGAAGAACUCGCGCUGGGCAUUCUGGCGGCGAUUCUACAAGCGCAAACCUCCCGAGGCGAACGCUGAGGCUUUCAAGACGGGUCGCCUGCCGCAGACGGGCGAAGAGGCCAUGUACUCGCUGCUGAAUUGCAAGGGCAAGGAUGCCUACAGCAUAUUGGGCGUGCCAGCGGACAGUCCGCAGGAGCAGAUACGUAAGCACUACAAGAAGAUCGCUGUGCUGGUGCAUCCCGACAAGAACAAGCAGGCAGGCGCCGAGGAGGCGUUCAAGGUGCUCCAGCGUGCAUUUGAGUUAAUCGGUGAACCGGAAAAUCGUCUUGCCUAUGACCAAAGCAUCGCGGAGGCAUUGCACGCGGAGAAGGCGUGGACGGAGCUGCACGAUUUGUUGUCGCAGUUGCAAACCAAAAUGACCGAGGCGGCCAAUACUAUAAGAUGCAGCACCUGUGCGCAGCGUCAUCCUCGCAAACUAACCGAACGUCCUCAUUAUGCGGCGCGUGAAUGCGCUUCCUGUAAGAUACGCCACUCGGCCAAAGAUGGUGACAUUUGGGCAGAGACUAGCAUGCUGGGUCUGCGCUGGAAGUAUUUGGCAUUGAUGGAUGGCAAAGUCUACGAUAUAACCGAGUGGGCCAACUGCCAGAAGGGUGCGCUGUCGCAUCUGGAGCCCAAUUCGCACAUGGUGCAGUAUCGCAUUGUGCGCGGCGCUCAGCAACAGCAGCAGCAACAACAACAGCAGCAGCAACAACAGCAACAGCAGCAUCCCCAUCAACAGCAGCCACCGCCACAUGCCCAUCAUCCCGGUGGCCCAGCCAGUGGUGUCAGCGAGGCAACUUUGCAUGAGUUUCUGGACAACUUGUACAGCGGACAGCAUCCGGGAGCACCGAAUGCCACACCAUUUGCUGGCAAUGCACGUCGUCGCGCUCGUCGCAAUUGAUACGAAGAUGAUCGGAGGAGGCCGUUUGCUUGGAAAUAGAAUUAAGAUGUUUUUAAAAUCUCUAAUCUACAGUUGGCCGUUGGCUGCUUACUCACAGAUACAGAUACCAAUAUAAAAGCAGAUACAGAUACAGAUACAAUUAUCGAUACAGAUACAGAUUAGAUGAUAACCCCACUCACAGGCCAACAGCAGCGCAAACAUCUCUCACUUUGCACACCCCAAACAAAAACAACUCAACACACACACGCUCCAUAAACACAGCAGCGCCUAGUUCUAUGUUUACUCUACACAUAAGUACAAUGACUACAGAUUACAGAUUACGAAUAGAUAGCUGUUUGAGAUGAUUUUUCGUUGUACUACUCGUCGUCGUACUCGUCGUGCAUAAGUAUCAAUCAAAUGAUGAUAACAAUUGCCUACCACUUAAGUAGUUGACUUCUGUGUUCUACAUUUUACAUAUUUUACACUUACACACUACACUUUACAUAUUACAUAUUUUACUUUCUGCCUACCCGCUUAUGGACGGACAGCUUAACACGCUUAGCUCGUAGAAAAACAAGUCUAGAUCGUAAGUUUAAAAUAAUAUCGAUAGACCGCAAAACUGCAACCGGAUCGCUGCAAUACGUCCUGCGUUGGCGUAUGCUCUCCGGCCAAAUAUGUAAAAUCUAACACAUCCGAAUUAUAAAUGUUAAUAAAACCGUAUAGAGAACCUACAAAA